AUGUCAGAUGAGCGCAUUCUUCUAGUUACGGGGAUUCCUACGAAGCUGUGUCGUGGCGAGGAGCUCUACAAGGUGUUUGGAAGCUACGGUGCGAUUCAGCAGCUGCGUAUCGGAAGCGAUGGAACCACAAAGGGGUGCGCUAUUGUUGUUUACGAGUUGUGUGAGGCUGCAUCUGCGGCCCUUGAGGCGUUGAAUGACUUCAAGGUGGAGAAAGAUAGGUAUCUCCGAGUCUCGGUGUACGACGAGGUGCGGGACCGUAAGGCACUGGAGAGAAGAAAACGGCGGCGUGAGAUGAAGGAAGAGUAUAAGCGAAAUAUAGCGGGUACCUGUGCUUCGGAUGAGAAGGAAAGCUGA